UUGAAUAAAUUAAAAUAUUAAAGAAAUGACUGAAAACGUUUUACACUUAUCAAACUUUCAUGUAACAUGCAGAACUUGUUUAGGUCAAAAUAAAGAGUUAACAAAAAUGAUUUCACUAGAAACAUUCCACGAAUGUUUUGGUUUGCAGAUGAGUGAAGAUAUUAGAAUGCCGAAUCUUAUGUGUAAUUUUUGCAUAAAUUUUGUAUUACGUGUAAUUGAUUUUAAAACGCAGUGUUUAAAAUCAGAAAAACUUUUAAACGAUAUCCUAAAGACUGAAAUUGAUUCGAAUGAUAACGAUAAGGAUGAAGACUUGGCUAUUGAAAUUGAGGAAAUUGAAUCAAUACAUUCGGAUUUUUCGGAAAAACCAAUAAUAAACGCUAUUAAGCUAAUAUGUGAUAUUUGUAAUAAUACUUUUCGACAACCUAAGCAAUUAGCAAGGCAUCGCACAUUAAAACACGGUAUUGAAGAUUUUAUAAAAUGUAAACAAUGUAAACAUGUUUUUCAAAAUGAUAAACAAUUAGAAAAUCAUAUGAAACGACAUGAAAAAACAUGCCACGAAUGUGGUAAAAACUUUGAAAGUGCUUUUAAAUUAAAUCGUCAUAAAAUUGUACAUCAACGAAAACGACAAACGCAUUUUUGUCGUUUUUGUACGAAACCAUUUACUCGGACCGAUACUCUUCAAGAACAUAUCAAGCAGAAGCAUAGUGAGAAACCGCGCCCGAAACCCGUUUGUAAUAUUUGUGGGAAAUCGGUGUACAAUGUUAAUCAUCACAUGAAACAAAAACAUACUUCACAAACGGAUCGUCCAUUUCCAUGUAAUAUAUGCGAUAAAGCGUUUGCAUUUAAGUCUAUGCUGCAAAAGCAUGUAGAAAAUGUUCAUGAUGUUGGGAAGAAAGAUGAAUUCGAUCAUUUAUGUAAUGUAUGUGGAAAACGAUUCCGAACAAAAGGAGAAUUAAAAUCUCACAUGGAUAUUCAUUCAGUUGAGCGUAAACAUGUUUGUAGUGAAUGUGGAAAAAAAUAUAAAACUCAUAGUGCUUUAUGGCGACAUGAACGUGUCCAUUCCGGGACAAAACCAUUUGCUUGUACAUAUUGUUCGAAAGCUUUUACAACAAAAAUGAUUCUUAUAAAUCAUGUUCGUACACACACAGGAGAAAAGCCAUUUAAAUGUACUAUUUGCUCACGAGCGUUUUCCGUAUUGUCAACACUUACCACACAUAAAAAACUUGUUCAUGGGAGUUAAACGUUAAAAGACUGCUCUAUGUAUUUUUGUUUAUGUACUACUGUGGGCUGUGAGAGAAAUCAUUAGCAUUUAUUAUUAUUGACGAACAUUCAGAUUAUGAUUAGUAUCAUACUAUUUAAUUAUUGAAAUUUCAAGCUAAAAGAGUAUCUUGAUAAUCUCGAUCAGGCCGAAUCUGAAAAUGUUUCUAUA